AUGACCAGUGACUGCGGAUCGACCUGUCCAGCCUCUGAUGGCUUCUACUCAUAUAAUCCGAGUGUAGGUGGCAACGCCGUGUUGCUCACUGUUUUUGCUCUGCUUGCUCUCGUUGCGAUAUACUUUGGUGUUCGAUCUAGAACCUACCUCUUCUCCCUCGCCCUGACAGCCGGUAUCUUCUUUGAAGUGCUAGGUUUUGUUGGCCGAAUCCUGCUGCACUCGAAGCGGGAUGAUCAGGGACAUUUCUUUCUCUCCCUCUUGGGAACGGUCCUAGGGCCAUCUCUAAUUAGUGUCGCCAUCUUCAUCAUCCUUCCUCAUAUCCUGGGCAUCUACGGAGAGCCAAUCUGUCCAUUUAGACCACUCGUUGCCGGUCUAAUCUUCUGGGGAAUCGGUGCACUUACAAUAAUACUCGAGCUGAUUGGUAUCAUCUUCACAGCUUACGAGACCAAUGGGGUCAGCCGAAAGCAGGGAGCGGCAAUUGCAGCAACAGGUUUGGCCAUACAAGCUCUAUCAUUGAUAGCAUGCACUGGUCUACACUUUUGGUUCACUCUCAGCUUGAGCACUCGCCGAGGAACACUCGAUGCUAGACACUCGCAGGUCUACUCAUCUUCCCAAUUCAAGAAAUUCCUCAUGGCUAUGGAGAUGGCAUCUGCCCUCCUGAUUGUCUACUCGUUCUACCGACUUGUCGAAUUCGCAGAUGGUGUCUCAGGAGAUGUCUUCCAGAACCAGGCAGCCUUUAUGGUUAUUGGAGGAGUGUUGCCCUUCUUAGCCGCGGCCCUUUUGACGUUUGUUCAUCCCGGAAACGCCUUUGCUGAGGCCUGGGCCCCGACAUCACCACGCGGGAUCAAACGGCAGAGUCGGCCGGGCCCUGUUCAGUCUCCCACCCCUAGCGGACACCCUGUUCAUCACAUGUACGACCCCGAUAUCCGCAAGCAGAUCUCACCAACCACGCCAAAACAUCUCCGGAACUCGACCGGACCACCUGAGCUUCCCGAUGGCUCUCUGGGUCUUCCGGCGCAUCCCAAGCCUGCACCCAAGCCCCCAAGUCCUCGGGACCCUGAUGCUCCUCGAAAGGGACCACCCGCACCGUUGAAUCUUUCCGCAGUCCGAGCGUCGCGGAAUAGUGUCAGGCAAGGACAAAGGGGUCAAGCACCCAAGGAUAUGGUCCCUGAUGGAGAAUUGUGGUGA